UUCAACCUUAUUCAAAUACGCAUGCGUUGUAGAUAGAUAUUGCUGCAAAUGUUCAAGAUGGCGCCAACUCAAAGAUGAUGGCAAAAUGCAGCCAGAAAAUCGCAAAUUUUAUGCGAUCGGCGGCGUAUCUGCAGGUUUCCUGACAGGAAUUUAUUUCUUUGGAUUAUUUUAUUUCCUCCUGUUGCUUGCGGGCUUGGCUGGCGCGGCCGUCGCUGGAGCCUGGGCCUACGACACCUACCAGUGGAAGAAGCGGCAAGCCGUCGCAUGGCGCCCGAAGAGGACGAGAAAAAAUUCAACGCCGGAAACCUCUUACAUGAAUGGCUCUUUUGGCAAUAGAACCCUCGGUAGCAGCAGUAAAAAGCCUUUCAGCCCGUCCCUCAGUUUUGUAAGAACUAGGUCUCCAGAGUACGAGCUCCAGUCGUCGGCGGGACCCCUACUGCCUUCGCCCGGGGAAGAACUGUCCCUCAGCGCGAUCACAAGAAGGCUUACGUUCAGUACUCUAGGUAGUCCCACCAUGCCUGUGACAUCACCUGCCAGCCCCACUCCUGCCACUCGGAGGUACCCAACUCACCAGGCCCAGUAUACUACAAGAGGGACCCUGCCCCAUGUGAGAUGGCAGGGGAGUCUGGUGUCCAGGGUUCUCAGUCCGCACGGGGUGAGGGGGAACAUCCAGAGUCCCGUCACUGUGAAGAUAGCCGCUCCCCCGCCCAACACUUCCCUGAUGUCCUCGCCCAGUCUGCUGAUCAGGCCCAGCUCAAGGUCAUCAGCUGCAGAAGAGAGCCCAUCAGCGAACCCGUGUGAUACAGAAACUGUCAUACAGGCGCUGCGACAGAGGCGGAAACGAUCUCGCACUGACAGCGAGGAAGGAAACUAUGACAAGAGAAGAAGAAAAAGUUCGCUGUCGUCGGUCAGCUCUGCCUCCUCUGCAUUCCGAACCCUGCAGAGUAACCAGGAGGGUGAGGCCAUCCAGCCCCAGGGUGGGGCGCUCAAACGGCCGGCACUCAGGCAGAGGUGGGAGGACAACCCUGAGGUGUUGAAGAGAGUGAGGAAUGGUGCGGGCAGUCCUGCCGGCUCAGCCAGGAAUGCCUUCAACAGUUCCUUCAACUCCUUCCGCCGCGGACAGGACAAGCUCCGAGGGAAGCGUAAGAUGCACGGUUCCCAGAACACCUCCCCUGCCUCGUCCAGGGUCAGCACCGCGGGGUCUGUAACACCCUCCGAUAGGAACACACCGGACGCCAAGAAAGUCAAGGGUUCCAGCCCACCCAGCGAGGCAGACAGUGUGCAGGACGAGUCGUCCUCAUCAGCUGUGGACUCAAAACCUGCAGACACGGGGAGACCUGCCACCCAGGAGGGGGCAGCUGUGCAGAGGGGGGGUCCUGCCAGGAGGAGGGGUGUCCUACAACUUCAACAUGAGGGGCCCAAACUGCCACCCCCUGGCCCUGACCCGGGCUUCGAGGUGACGAGAGAAAUCUACGAGGAGGACCGGCGCCGGAAGGUGGAGCGCGUGAAGAGAGUCCUGCAGUCCGUAACACUGGGGCAACUCUGA